CUCCCCUCACUAUAAAGAGGAUGGAUUACAUUCAACUCACAAAGAGGGAAAUCCCAUCAUCCUGGUAUAUGUUUCAGAGGUGAGAAUGACUUCCACGGCAGGUCGCCUGGCCCAUCUGCAGGAGAGGAAGCGUGGCGUUGGUACUAAGCAGCAUGCGGUGAAGUUCUACCAACAGAACUAUGAGAGUCUACGUCGGCAGUGUUUGGAGAGGGGACGUCUGUUUGAGGACGACCGCUUUCCAGCUGAGCACAAGUCACUGGGCUACAAUGAGCUGAUGAGUCCGUACUCAUCCAAGACACGAGGAGUAGUUUGGAAGAGGCCAAAGGAGCUGUGUUCCAACCCCAUGUUCAUUAAUGAUGGCGCCACAAGGACGGACAUUUGCCAAGGAGCUCUAGGUGACUGUUGGCUUCUUGCGGCUAUUGCAUCGCUGACCCUAGACCAGAAGAUUCUAGCUCGUGUGGUGCCACCCGGGCAGAGUUUCUCUGAGGGAUAUGCAGGGAUAUUUCACUUCCAGUUCUGGCAGUUUGGCGAGUGGGUCGAUGUGGUGGUGGAUGACCGUUUGCCCACCCGAGACGGGAAGCUGCUAUUUGUUCACUCGGCCGAGGGCUCGGAAUUUUGGAGCGCACUGCUGGAAAAGGCCUACGCCAAGGUGUGCGGCUGCUACGAGGCUCUCUCAGGUGGAAACACUAUUGAAGGCUUUGAGGAUUUCACAGGCGGGAUUGCGGAAAUCUACGCUUUGGACAAGGCACCACCUCAACUCUUCCAAAUUAUGAAGAGGGCGCUAAAGCUGGGCUCGCUGUUGGGCUGUUCUAUUGAUAUCGCCAACGCUAAUGAGACAGAGGCUGUUACCGCUCUCAAACUGGUAAAAGGACAUGCAUACUCAGUGACUGGUGCAGAAGAGGUUCAUUUUCGAGGCAGGCUGGUUCAACUCGUACGCAUCAGGAACCCAUGGGGGCAGGUGGAGUGGAUUGGGCCUUGGAGUGACGGAUCCAGUGAAUGGAAAUACGUCAGUGGAGAAGACAAAUCUAAACUGAACCAUGUGGCUGAAGAUGGAGAGUUCUGGAUGUCCUACUUGGACUUCAUCAGACAGUUCUCCAAGGUAGAGAUCUGCAACUUGACACCGGACACACUCAUGAGCGAUAACAUUGGCCACUGGAAACAGUACCAGUUUGAAGGGAUGUGGAGGGUGGGAUCAACUGCAGGCGGCUGCCGCAAUCACCACGCGACCUUCUCAUCCAACCCUCAGUUUGUGGUGCGUCUGGAAGACGUGGAUGAUGAUCCUCUGGAUGGGAAGGAUGGAUGCACCUUUCUUGUGGGGCUGAUGCAAAAGGAUGGACGCAGGCAGCGGAGGCUCAAUCGCGAUCUUCAAGCUAUUGGUUAUGCUAUUUAUGAGGUCCCAGAUGAGUACAAAGGUCGCAGCAAUGUCCAUCUGGGUCCGGACGUGCUGCUGCGUCAGAGAGCUGUGGCCAUGAGCAGCACCUUCAUCAACACGCGAGAAGUUUGUGACCGCUUCAGGCUUCCUCCGGGAGAAUAUGCCAUCAUUCCCUCUACUUUUUACCCUCACAAGAAUGGCAGCUUUGUUCUCAGAGUGUUUUCAGAGAAACAAGCCGACACUAGUCCACUGGAGGAAGACAUUGACGCUGAAAUGGAGGAGGUAAGAAAAGCUACACAACACCAUGACAUGCGCAUCUAUUAUGCUUUAGUCGAUGACCUCAUCAUUUUGUGUCUACAACAGGAGAAAAUAUCUGAAAAUGAUGUGGAUCCUCAUUUCAAGUACCUCUUCAAGAAGAUUGCUGGAAAUGACACAGAGAUCUCUGUCUUUGAAUUGGUUGACAUUCUGAACCACGUGGUUUCGAACAUUGGGAGUUGUUUUCUUACAGGGAGGGACAUCAAGACAGACGGCUUCAGCCUUGAGACAGGUCGUCUCAUCAUCAGUCUACUGGAUAAGGACGAAAGCUCCAUGUUGGGACUAAUGGAAUUCCAUAAACUUUGGAGUAAAAUCCAGAAAUAUUUGGAGAUCUUUAGAAAACAUGACCAAGACAACUCUGGCACCAUGAGUUCCCAUGAGAUGAGAGGUGCUGCCACUGAAGCAGGUUUCCACAUCAACAGCGCUGUGCUGCAGGCCAUCGUCUGCCGCUACGCCGACGCUCGCUAUGCAAUUGAUUUUGACAGCUUUGUAGGCUGUCUCAUAAAAGUGGAAAUGCUGUUCAAAAUGUUUAAGGCUCUGGAACAAGCAGACUCGGGGACGAUAAACCUGGACAUACAGCAGUGGCUGUGCCUGGCGAUCUACUAGCUGUGGAGACAACACAAGCAAGGAUGUUGUUGAUAACUUCUAUCAUUUAAGUCAAGUAAAUAUAUUGGGUGAUAGACAGCUCUUGAAAUUAACUUAUGUAGUAUUAUAAUAUCAUCAAAAC